AUGCCCGCAGCUGCAACGGAGAACGUCGCUCCUGCUGCCAAUAUGCAGCAGCAGCAGCAGCAGCAGCAGCAGCAGCAGCAGCAAGAGCAGCAGGAAGAUGCUGCUGCUGAAGCGGCCACUCACAAGGAUACAAGUAGUAGCAGCAACAGCAGCAGCAGCAGCAGCUCUGCUGCUGCUCGGGAACUCGUCCCCGCCCCCUGGGAGGCUGAGCUCGAGCAGCAGCUGCAUGCAGUGCAGCAGGAGGUUGAGGCUCUCGGCCACGUGCUGCAGCAGCAGCAGCAGCAGCAGCAGCAGCAGCAGCAGCAGCAGCAGCAGGGGAUGCCCGCAGCUGCAACGGAGAACAUCGCUCCUGCUGCCAAUAUGCAGCAGCAGCAGCAGCAGCAGCAGCAGCAGCAGCAGCAGCAAGAGCAGCAGGAAGAUGCUGCUGCUGAAGAGCUGCAGCAGCAGGAGCACCAGCAGCAGCAGCUGCUGCUGCUGCUGCUGCUGAACCUGGUGUAG